UUCAGUUCGGGCAAAAUGGCAAGUGUAACAGUCGGGUAUGGUUUUGAAGUCGGGACCGCAAGGAAUUUGUAAAUGAAGAUUCCGUUAGCCACGUGAGGAAAUCGUGACAUUUGAGAGCGUGAUAGUGAUGAAACGCGGCGCUGCAUCGAAGCUCAUGGCGGGUCGAAAUUAUCUACCACCAAGUGCACUGAAUCUCCGGGGCGACCCGCCUGAAAUCGCCGAUCGCCGUAUCUUCCCACCGCGACCGCGACUUCAACCGUCGGUCAUAUUGGAGGAACUCGUCGCUUCCCAGCACCGCGAAAUUCAAGCACUUUCACAUGAAAGGCAAAGUCUCGCCGCCUCGCAUGUCCGUCUGAAGCGGAAGCUCGCCGCCGCUCAGAAGGAGCUCCAACACCUCUCUGCUAUAGCCUCCGCCGUCGAGGCUGAGGAAGAUGCGAGGGUGCGUGAGGCCUAUGAGGAAUCGCUUAGAAUGGAAGCCCAGGUCCUUGCACUCAACAAGCUCCGAAAUGAGCUGGCCCAGGUUAACGCUGAUACAGAGAACAUGAGUGCCCGCCGCAAAGACCUUGUUUCUAAGUUGAAUGAGAUUGAGGAUGCGCUCAUGGGGGUUCUUUCGGAUUUGGUGCGCAUUCUGGGGAUCAAAGCAAAAGUGGAGACCAUGCACAAGGAACUUCAAAGAGGAAGGGAUGCUGUUAAGUACGAAAGGAAAAUGAAAGUCGUCAACCUUAAACAGAGUGGCAUAAUGGAGAUGAAUAUGGUUCGUAUUUGUGCUGAAAUAGAAAGGUUACGCGUUGAAGUUGUAGAUGCAGAGAAGAGAGCAAUGGCAGCUGCUGCUGCUUCACUCACCCCAAGCAGUGAGAAUCUAUUAUGGAGCUUUGCUCAAGACAAUUAUGAAACUCCCGAAGGUGGAUAUGGUGAAAAGAUGUGCCUUAGUCCUUGUGCUGCUCACCAGUUUCAUGUUUUGUCUUCAUGAUAUGGCGUAUAUAUUUUGUGGAAGAUCUUUCAUUUGAUUUUGACACCGCUCAGGUGAUAUGUAUAUGAUAGAGAGUAGUAUCAUCCUUGCCACUCAGGUGUAGUGGUCUUCCACAUCUAGUUAUUUAAUACAUCAAUCGGUCCAAAUUAGAGCCCGUAUGGUAAGGACUUUUCAGCUGAUAUAGCUAACUGCUGAUUUUUCUAAAAGAACAACGUUUUGUAAAACCAUUUUCAGCUAAUGAGCAAGUUAUAGCCAUUUGUUAUUCU